AUGGAAACCGCGUUCCGCGACAAGACGGCGAUCGUCACCGGUGCGGGCCACGGCUUUGGCCGGGCCAUUGCUCAUGCCUUCGCCGUCCGGGGCGCGUGGGUCUUCGGCUGCGACAUCAACGAGGACGCGCUCGCCGUGACCGCGCGCGAGGCCCCGGCCGGCGACAGGCUGAGUGUGGGGCGGCUCGAUGUCACGGACCGCGCCGCCGUUCGAACCUACGUCGAUGCGGCCCAGGCGCGAACCGGCGCCGUCGAUAUCCUCGUCAACAAUGCCGGCGGGGUGCUCGGCCUAGUCGGGCAGCCCAUCGAGGCGGUCGCCGCCGAGGACUGGCAGGCGCUCGUCGAUGUCAACAUGACCGCCGUUUUCACCAUGGCGCAAGCGGUCGCCGCCGCGAUGAAGGCGAAGGGGUCGGGCCGCGUGGUCAACAUCUCGAGCGGCGCCGGGCUGCGCUACAGCCUGACCGGCAUUCAAGCCUACGCUGCGGCCAAGGCCGGGCAGAUCGGCCUCACCCGCCAGCUCGCGUUCGAGCUGGGACCUUACGGCAUCACCGUGAACAGCAUCGCCCCCGGCUUCGUCCGCUCCAACCCGGCGAGCGAGCGUCAGUGGCACGCGAUGAAGGCCGAAGGUCAGGCUGCGCUGAUCGAGAGCAUGGCGACCCGGCGCCUCGGCUCGGUGGACGACAUCGUCCAUGCCGUCCUCUUCUUCGCGUCCGGGCAGUCGGGCUGGAUCACCGGCCAGACCCUCUCCGUGGACGGGGGGCGGCUGUGA